GCGCAGGGUGUGAAGUUGCGAUUGAAACGUUUAUUACUUUGUUUACUUCUUUUGCAGAGCAUUUUCUUUAAAUUUAAUUAGAUUUACGAUAGAAAUAAAGCUAAUUAUACUAGUUUCUAAGUGAUAAAAAGUGAAUCAAAAUUGUCUCAUUAAGUGCUGCAAGAAAAACUGUCGGAAUUUUGCUGGAAUUAAGAAUUAAGGAAAUACAAAAUUAAAUUCAUUAAAAAUGUUUCCACAAAGUAAUCAAUCAAAUCCAAUGAAGGAUAUAGAAGUUACAGCACCACCAGACGACACAAUAUCAGCAAUGAAAUUCUCACCUGCAACGUCUUUACCUAAAAACUUUUUGCUCGCUGGAAGUUGGGAUUGUAGUGUAAGAUGUUGGGAAGUUGCUGAUACCGGAUCAACAAUUCCAAAGGCAAUGAAAACAAUGACUGCACCUGUUAUGGAUGUAUGUUGGCACGACGAUGGUACAAAAGCAUUUAUUGCAGGAGCUGACAAAACAGGAAGAGUAUGGGAUUUAGCAGCUGAUCAAGUCAUGCAAGUUGCAGCUCACGAUAAUACUGUCAAGACAUGCCACUGGGUUAAGGCACCUAAUUACUCAUGCUUAAUGACUGGAAGUUGGGAUAAAACGCUAAAGUUCUGGGAUUUACGACAACCGAAUCCUAUUCUACAAUUUGCAUUACCUGAACGCUGUUAUACAGCAGAUGUUGAAUAUCCAAUGGCCGUUGUUGGAACUGCAAAUAGGCAUGUCAUUAUAUAUUCUCUCGAAAAUCAACCACAAGAAUAUAAAAGACACGAAAGUCCUCUAAAAUAUCAGCAUCGUUGUGUCUCAAUAUUCAAUGAUAUGAAAAAGAAAGCACCAGCUGGAUAUGCUCUUGGAUCAAUCGAAGGACGUGUAGCUAUUCAAUAUCUCAAUCCUGUCAAUCCCAAAGAUAAUUUCACAUUUAAAUGUCAUAGAGUGAAUGGAACUGCAAAUUUCCAAGAUAUUUAUGCAGUCAAUGACAUCGCAUUUCAUCCUAUUCAUGGAACUUUAGUGACUGUUGGAUCUGACGGAACAUUUAGUUUCUGGGAUAAAGAUGCAAGAACUAAACUUAAAAGUUCAGAAACACUCGAUCAAUCAAUUACAAAAUGCGCGUUUAGUGCUAGUGGACAUAUUUUUGCAUAUGCUAUCGGAUAUGACUGGUCAAAGGGUCAUGAAUAUUACAAUCCACAAAAGAAAAGCUACAUAUUGCUGCGUUCCUGCUUUGAAGAACUCAAACCGCGUCAUAACAAUUAAAAUUUCAGUUGCUUUCUUAAGUAUACAUAACAGAUCAUUGAUACAACAAUAUAAAAAUUUUCAAAUAAAUUAAAAAGUCAAAAAAGAAUCUGGUUUUAAAGCCGCUAUUAUUGUUUUCAGGAGGUAGUCGGCGCAUUUUCUUUUGACGGAUCAGUAAAAUGAAAGUGAAAAGAAGUCAAAAAUAUCGGUUUUUAAAAAUUUAAAUUUUAAAACUUAACAAAUUACACUAAA